CCGGAUUGACAAAUUGUCUUUGACAUCUAUACCUCCAAACUAUUCCAUUCCUAUAAAUAAGACCAUUAAAAAUUCUUCCAACUCCAACCAACCACAAAAACAAAUGGAAGAAGAAAAAGGCUACCAAGACUUGCUACCGGUUAUGGCGGAGAAGCUAGAGGUAAGCACCUUCAUGGAAGAGCUAUGCGGUGGUUUUCGGGUGCUAGCAGACGAGAAGAUAGGGCUGAUAACACCGGAAAGUUUGAGAAAGAAUUCAAGAUAUCUAGGGAUGGAAGGUAUGAGCAAGGAAGAUGCAGAAGGUAUGGUAUUGGAAGGAGAUCUUGAUGGAGAUGGGUAUUUGAAUGAAACCGAGUUUUGCAUACUUAUGGUGAGACUUAGUCCAGAAAUGAUGGAAGAUGCUGAGAUGUGGCUUGAAAAAGCCAUUGAAGAUGAGAUCAAGAAAGUUUCAACUCCUUCAUUAGAUAAUAUAAUUGAAUGAUCUUAUGUUGAAUUAGUUGUUCAAAUCUUCCUUUUGUUAGUUAAUUGUAUAAUUAUGUAUUAUGAUGUUAAGAGUGGUAUGUAUGAACAUGGUCCAACUUUCUUGGAGGUUUUAGAAGCUAUAUCUAAUUGAAUUGCAA